AUGGAAGUAGGGAUUAAAAUUUAUAGAUUUAUAGGAAUACUUGCCAUAAACUUAUUUAUCUGUUUUCUAGGCUGAAAACUUAGAGAAAAUAUUUCAAAAGAAUGAAAAUUGUGGUAGUAGUUAUACUUUAUUAAGGAUAGAGGCAAUUUGUUAAAUUACUAAUCCUAAUUUAACUAUUUUGAUUAAAAGGUAAUUUGAAUCUGAAUUUGAAUCAUGA